AUGGCCAAGAAAAGGAGUCUCACCGGGAGCCUUGAGCUGAAGGUGUAUAAUCUCAUACAGAAUUUACUUGUAGAGGAGACAGAGCAAAGGAAAAAAGACGCUCCAGAUGACGACAGUUUCAGUAUAGCGUUGGCUCGUGAUUUACGACCUUCUCAAGUAGUCGAUUAUGUCCAAGCCAAGGACUUUCUGUUGCGUAGAACCAAGAGAAACAUGCUCUUGAAGGUCGUAGAAACUGCAUUACAGGCUGCGAGAGAUCAAGAGAUCGAAGAAAUUGAAGAUAAUGGCGACAACAUGUCCCCAUCCAUUGGUGACGUAAUAGAUAGUGACUUUGAAGGAGUAGAUGAGAAGGACCUAAUGGAGGUAAAAGAUACCAACGCUUUGAAUAAGUCGGUGAUUUCAUUGUGGAACUUGGAAAGCACCAAAGACAGUGAAAAUGACGAACAAAAAGACGAAGAAGAUAAGAAAAACGAGAAGAAGAGACUGAAAAAUUCGUCAUCAAAACAAGUAACGAAGCGUCAAAAGAGCAAACUUGAUCACACACCUCCAUCAAUAACACUCUCUUCUUUAGGCGGGCUCGAAGAAGUCACAAAGGACCUUUUGGAGCUUAUUGGUUUGCCCAUACUACACCUGGAAAUUUAUACAGCUACUGGGGUCGAACCACCAAGAGGUGUUCUCUUAUAUGGACCACCAGGAUGUGGAAAGACAACUAUUGCCAAUGCUUUGGCUGGUGAACUCAAGGUUCCAUUUCUUAACAUAUCUGCUCCAUCUGUCGUAUCAGGGAUGUCAGGUGAAUCGGAGAAAAAAUUACGAGAGAUCUUUGAUGAAGCUAAGUCUUUGGCUCCUUGCUUGGUUUUCAUCGAUGAAAUUGACGCGAUCACCCCUAAAAGGGAUGGAGGAGCGCAGCGUGAAAUGGAGAGAAGAAUUGUGGCUCAACUUCUCACUUUAAUGGACGAAUUAAGCUUGUCUAAAACAGACGGCAAAGCUGUGAUCGUGAUCGGUGCAACAAAUAGACCAGACUCUCUCGACUCAGCAUUGCGAAGGGCUGGAAGAUUUGACCGAGAAAUUUGUCUCAACGUACCUGGUGAAGCACAACGGUGUUCCAUUCUUAAGGCCAUGACAAAACAGCUAAAGCUCCAAGAUCCAGAUUCAUUCAACUUUGUUGAGCUCUCAAAAAGAACUCCUGGAUAUGUGGGAGCAGAUCUCAAGAGUUUAGUCACAGCAGCCGGAAUUUCGGCUAUAAAGCGGAUAUUUGAAAGCCUUAGUGAGCACGAAGCCGAGUUACUAUCGAACGAAGUAAACUCAAUGGAUUUGGAAAUGGAGACUGAUAAAUCUAAUUUUGACAGUAAAUCAGAGGCAGAGAAGUUAUCGACGAUUCAAAGGUUCUUGAUGCAACAUCCAAAUCCUUUGACUCCUGAACAAUUACUGCCUCUAGCAAUCACCUAUGAUGACUUUCUUGUGGCAUUACCAACAAUUCAACCCACAGCAAAGAGAGAAGGAUUUGCGACUGUCCCAGAUGUUACUUGGCGCAACGUGGGGGCACUCAAUCAUAUUCGGAUGGAAUUGCACAUGUGUAUUGUCCAGCCCAUCAAGAAACCAGAGCUUUAUGAAAAAGUAGGUAUAACCGCACCGGCGGGAGUACUUAUGUGGGGACCACCAGGAUGUGGUAAGACACUUUUGGCUAAAGCUGUAGCCAAUGAAUCUAGAGCCAACUUCAUCUCUAUCAAAGGUCCAGAAUUAUUAAACAAGUACGUUGGUGAGUCUGAGAAAGCUGUUCGUCAAUUAUUUCAAAGAGCAAGAGCUUCAGUUCCUUGUAUAAUUUUCUUUGAUGAAUUGGACGCUUUGGUUCCUCGAAGAGACACUUCAUUAUCUGAGUCUAGUUCCAGAGUAGUUAAUACUCUCUUGACAGAAUUAGACGGCUUGAAUGAUAGAAAGGGAAUAUUUGUGGUAGGUGCAACCAAUAGACCAGAUAUGAUCGACCCUGCAAUGUUGCGUCCAGGUCGGUUAGACAAAACAUUGUAUAUCGAGCUUCCAAGUUCUGCAGAAAGACUUGAGAUCUUACAGACAUUAGUACGUGCUUGUGGCACCCCCUUGGCAAGUUCCGUUGAUCUCCAUACCAUUGCAUACGAUGAGAGGUGUCGUAACUUUUCUGGUGCUGAUUUGUCUUCUUUAGUACGAGAAGCUGGUGUGGUGGCUUUGAAGAAAAAGUUCUUUCAUGGGCAAAACAUAAAGGAUUUGGAUGCUUCGGGGUACUACGACCAGCAAGAAGAGAGCGACGAAGUGGAAGUGACACAAGAAGACUUUUUGAAAGCUCUCAACAGCAUCAAUCCAAGUGUUAACGAUAAAGACAGGGCCAGGUAUGAAAGACUCAACAAACGUAUGGGCUGGAGCGUAAUCCCCGAAGCAAGCGAGGAGAAGGAAGGAGCAGACGUUAAUAACGGGGGUCUGCAAGGAAUAGCAUAG